AACUCGUUCUGGCUGUUCUUACAAAAUGUGUUAAAUAAAGGUGACAGUAUACAGUAUAGUAAUGUGGUGAAUGUGCUAAGUGCCAGAGAGGAUGGACAGCCAUGGGGACCGCGACUCCAGGAGCUCGCGAGCCAGCGACUCACCUGGCGACACCAUGAACGAUGUAUACGCGGCGUGGCAUGAGAUGUUAGAAGGCGAGGGCGCGGGUCUGGCGGCGCGCGUGGCGGAGCUGGAGGUGCGGUGCGCGCGCCAGGCCGAGGAGCUGCUGUGUCUGCGCUCCACGCUCGCGGACGCGCUGCGCCGGCUCAACGCGCUCGAGGGCAGGCCCGCCGCGCCCGCCACGCAACGGAAUGGUGCUUAUACUGGUUCUACGGGGACCCCGACUCGGGAGCUCCGGUUAAGGCAGCCCUCAUACCGGGAAACCGCCAAGAGGACCUCCAGCUACGGAUCCAGUACAUCCUCACUACCACAAAGACGCGGUCCGCAGCACCAGUCGACCGGUUCGCUGCAGUCGGACUCCCCCGCGUCGUCGUCCUCGCUGUCGCCCGCGCCGUCGCCGUCCCCCCGCGCGACGCCCGCGCCGCACCUGGUGCCACACCCGCCGCAACCCUACAGAUCACGCAACAACUCGACGUCCAGCAAGGAGGGCACUUCGCCGGCCGCCAACAGCCUCACCAAGCGCUGGAACUCCACCGGAGACUUCAAUGCACAGGGACUCACGCCUAACAGCAGAUUUACAACUACAAAGUCGUUGCUAAACUUAUAUUCUAAGCCGUCUCAGAAUGGGCCGAUACUGAAACAUGGUACCCACACAUGUCAAUACAACGAGGAGGACGCGUCGAUGCGCAUGUACCUGCGCGGGCGCCCCGUCGUGCUGUACGCGCCCAGCGAGCACGACGGCCUGGACCCCGCGAAGGUGGCGCCGCCGCCGCAGAACAAACUCAAACUCGAGUGGGCUUAUGGCUACAGAGGCAAAGACUGCCGCAGCAACUUAUACCUCCUCCCGACGGGCGAGAUCGUGUACUUCGUGGCCGCAGUAGUGGUGCUGUUCAACGUAGAGGAGCAGUGCCAGCGGCACUACACCGGCCACACUGAUGACGUCAAGUGCAUCGCGAUACACCCGAAUAAGCUGGUGAUAGCCAGCGGCCAGUGCGCCGGACACGACAGGCUUGAUGCCAGGCCCCACGUCCGCGUGUGGAACUCGGUGUCGCUGGCGACGCUGGCGGUGAUCGGCGCGGGGCAGAUGGAGCGCGCGGUGGCGUGCAUCACGUUCUCGCGCGCGGACGGCGGCGCGCUGCUGGCCGCCGUGGACGACGGGCCCGACCACACCAUCUCCGUGUGGGAGUGGCAGCGCCCCGACAAGGGACACUGUCUGGCUGAGACUAAGUGCUCAGUAGACACAGUAGUGGCGGCGGAGUUCCACCCGCUGGACCGCAAUCAGAUCGUGACGUGCGGCAAGAACCACAUCGCGUUCUGGACGCUGGACCAGACCAACAUGCUGUACAAGCGCAUGGGCGUGUUCGACUCCAGGGACAAGCCCAAAUACGUCACGUGUCUCGGAUUCAAUCAUAAUGGCGACGUGCUGUCGGGCGACUCGAGCGGCAACAUCACGGUGUGGGCGCGCGGCACCAACACGGUGGCGCGCCUGGUGCGCGGCGUGCACGACGGCGCCGUGUUCGCGCUGCUGCCCACCAAGGAGGGCCACGUCGUCACCGGCGGCGGCAAGGACGGCCGCAUCGUGCUGUUCGACGCCGACAUGAACGCGGCUGGUGUGGAGAAUGUGAUCGAGGGCCACUACGGAGGCGUGCGCGCGUUAGCGGAAGGUCGCGGGCGGCAGCUAUACGUGGGGACCACUCGCAACUGUGUGCUGCACGGGGACCUGCAGCUUGGGUUCUCACCGGCUGUACUCGGCCACGUGGACGAGGUGUGGGGCCUGGCGGCGCACCCGCAGCUGGCGCAGUUCGCGACGGCGGGCUGGGACAAGCUGCUGCAGCUGUGGGACGCGCUGGGCCACUGCACCGUGUGGAGCAAGGACAUCGACGAGCGCGCGCAGAGCCUGGCCUGGGCCGCGCGCGGGGAGGUGCUGGCCGUGGGCUGCCUCAGCGGGAAGUGGCUCGUGUUCGACCCGCACUCCAGGGACCUGCUGGCCGCGCACCAGGAUGGAACGGAGCCUAUCCAGACGAUCCAGUACUCGCCGGACAACAAGCUGGUGGCGCUGGGGUCGCGCGACAACUUCAUCUACGUGUACCGCGUCGACGACAACGGCGCGAGGUACAGCCGCCUCGGGAAGUGCUUGGGUCACUCCAGCUACAUCACUCAUUUAGACUGGUCUGAAGACAGCCAGUACAUAAGGAGCAAUUCUGGAGACUAUGAGCUGCUUUUCUGGAACGCGACGACGUGUCGCCAGAUCCCGUCAGCCACGUCCAUGCGCGACGUGGUGUGGGCCACCAACACGUGUCCCAUCACCUUCACCACCAUCGGAGUGUGGCCAGAGAGCGCGGACGGGACCGACAUCAACUCCUGCACACGGUCUCAUGAUAACCGGCUAGUGGCCACUGGUGAUGACUUUGGUAAAGUGAAGCUCUUUGCCUACCCCGUCACUCAACCAAAGUCGCUGUGCCACCAGUUCGGCGGGCACUCGUCGCACGUGACGUGUGUCCGCUUCCUGCCGGACGACUCGCGCCUGCUCUCCACCGGCGGGCUCGACACCAGCGUGCUGCAGUGGGUCGUGGACUAAGGAACACGCUCACAUGCCACGGGAAUGUUGCUACAUAAGCGUAGCAAGCCAUCGUCAAUGCGGAUUUUUAUAUAUUUGCUGCGCAAAGGUAGCUCGUUCUCAAAAUCUCGAAUCUUCGGAUUCAAGUAUGAUGAUCACACGUUAUACACAACGUUGUUAUUUGUACUGGGAACAUACACUGAAUCAACUCGGCCUAUCUUAUGCUGGAAUAGACGUUGAAGAUAUUAUUGAAAUGCGUAAACAAUUUUGGUUUAUCUUAAUUGGUACCUAUUCAUCUGAAGUUAUUGCGAGUGAAUUUUUUGCACAGAUUUCAUGCUUUGCUUGUCCCUUAAAAUAAUAUUUCCUGUCUAAUAGCAAUAUUUGUUACAAUGUCCCCAGCAUAAAUAUCAACUUCAAGUGAUCCAGAAGAAUCUUUUAGACCAAUUAUGUGAUUAAGCAACUAAAUCAAAGUAUUCAAUCAAUGUAUGUCUAUUGUACACGUUAUUCAAUGAAACAAUUUUGGUAUCCAGUUUUGUUUUAUUAAACAAUUUUCAACUAAUUAUAAUGGAAUUAUUGCUAAUUCACUAUUUUAUUAUUGUUCACUUGAUAUGCGGAGCCUACUGAAGCGCCUAUUCGAUUAAUGUAAUUGAUUUGUACGCAAAUUAUGCUGUAUUGUAAUAUUUAUUUUUUAAAGCAUUGUACACUUUUAGCUU